AUGCCCCUUGUCCAGACUUUUAGAAGUAGACCCGGUACAAACGAGUUCCUUGGGGCGUCGGUACUCAAAAUUCAAUUCUUGCCUAUCCGAUUACUCAAAGCGACUUUUGUCUUUGAUAGCAGCAUGGCAGUCAGUCUCUCCCUUGUUGCAACCAAGUGCAGGGAUCACGUGGUGAGACGGCGGGCAAUUAACUUAUUGCUGGCGCAUCCACGGAGGGAGGGCUUUUGGGAUAUUACAGGGAGGGCGAGCGUUGCCACUUGCUUAAUGAAGAAAGAAGAGGAAGGCCCUGGUCAUUUACUCAAAGUUGAUCAAAGUAUACGAGAAAGAGGAAGUGCCGAGAAUGGGGGGGCUUGCUCAAAGUCGUCGACUAAAGGAACCAAGGAAAGGGAGGAGUUGCCAGAAAUGACGAUCUCGUGGUGA